AUGGAGACGAAGUUGAAAAUCGCGCAGUCGAAGGUGAUGCACAAAGAUCGCGUUUGGAGUGUCGCAUGGGGUCUCAAGGACAGCAUUCUAGCGUCGACCAGUGGGGAUUGCUCGUUGAAGUUGUGGGAUAAAAAUCUGAACCCAGUUGACUCGUUUGCGCAGGACAGGACGGUAAGAAGAGUAAAGUUCGCGCCUGAUGGAAAACAGCUGGCAAUCUGUAGUUUUAAUGGAAAAGUGCUCAUUUACAAGUUGGAGAACGGCGUGUUCGAAGAGUACGCUGAGCUAGAAGGUCAUGAGUCGGAAGUGAAGAGCAUUUCUUGGUCUGCCGACAGCUCUUUACUCGCCACAUGCGGGCGUGAUAAAUCCGUCUGGGUCUGGGAGUGCUGGGAAGACGGGGACUACGAGUGUGCUGGCGUUAUCACUUCUCAUAGCGCAGAUGUGAAAGAUAUUUGCUUCCACCCAUACGAUUGCAUUCUCGUCUCGGUGUCCUACGACAUGACAGUGAAAUUGUUCAAAGAGUAUGACGGCGAAUGGGAUUGCGUGCAAACGCUGACAGGACACACAGAUACCGUUUGGUGCGCCGCUUGGUCUCCCGAUGGCUUAAAACUAGCAACUGCCGGUAGUGAUCAGUGCGUGCGGAUUUGGGCGAUGAACAACGGAAAACUCGAACUUGAAGCUAACAUCCAAGGCAUUCACGAGAGAACUAUUUAUUCUGUCGACUGGGGCGAGAGGGGCAUAGUCACUGGUUGUGCUGAUAACAAAAUAAGAUUACUGCAGCAGUCUGAGGGUGGAUGGAUCAGCAGCGACGCCGUCGCUGUCCUGUCCGAUGUUAAUUCAGUGGCAUGGUCAAAAAAUGGGGAUAAAAUUGCUGCUGGAACAGAUGACGGCGAUGUGGUUUUAAUUGACUUGGUCUAA